UAGCCCUUAUUGCAGACCAGUACGCCAGUACGCAGCUUUCCGUGGAUGGAGGCGGUCGCUCGCACGCCCUUCGUCUGUACAUUACGCGAUAAAAAAAAAAUUAUACUUGUGUUCUCAAAAGACCAGGAGUGUUCGAAAUUCAAAAUUGCAACGUUAACUUUCGUUGUUUCGCGGGUGUUCGAAACUUUUUAAAUUGGGUGUUUUAGUGCAGUGUUUGUGAAGUUUUUUCGAGUGUUUUUUUUUUAUGUGUUAUGGAUUGCGAUGGUGCGAUAAGAAAUUAACAAGAUCAAAGAUGCUGGGAUCUCUAAUCAAACUAUUCUGAAUAAACAUCUGCAACGCAUCGUGUUGACGAAUAAUUCAGCUUGUUUUAUGAAACAAAUGAAGCCGGUCUACAGCACCGUCCAGGAAUGCCGUACGAGGUGAUGAGCGGCGUAGCAAAAUGGCUCAUGAACAUUGGAAGGCAUGGAUGAAAAUCGCUUGCACCGUAGUACUUCUCGCUACAAGUCUGGCAGACUUUACCACAGAAUGCCAGAGACCCUGCGACUGCCGGUGGCAAUCUGGCAACAAAGCUGCCAUCUGCUCAAAUUCCAGCCUAAAAUCUGUUCCUGCAAACCUGAGCAACGACAUACAAAUCUUAGACCUAUCCAACAACAAUUUGCUCACCUUACAUCAAGAAGCUUUCAAAAAAGUCGGCCUAAGUAACCUUAAAAAACUUUUCUUAAAAGAAUGCAGCAUAGAACUUGUACAUAAAACAGCAUUCGCUACGCUAGCCAUAAUGAUAGAACUCGAUUUGUCCAGGAAUCGAAUACGUAAUUUACACCCGGACACCUUCAAAGGCACGGAGAAACUUCGUCUAAUAAACCUGAGCAAUAAUUUGAUCGAUAAACUUGAGGACGGCGUAUUCCGCAACUUGAAGUACCUGCAGAAAGUCGAAGUCAGCAAUAAUAUGAUCGUUCGCAUCGGAACUAAAGCCUUCGUCAACUUACCUCAACUAAAGAUAUUACGAUUCGACGGCAACCGUCUCAGUCAUAUGAAGCCAGAAACUUUAAUGGCCCUUCAUAACUUAUCCGGGUUGGAUCUGCAUAACAACCCGUGGCGAUGCGAUUGCAAUCUACAAACGUUCAGAGACUGGGCGAUGACUCAUAAUUUAUACACCCCCCCUACCGCCUGCGCAGAGCCCGCUGUGGUCAAAGACAAACUUUGGAACGAAUUGGACUCAUCUAAUUUCGCGUGCCGGCCUACCAUUCUUGAGCCCGCUCCAGACGCGAGACUCAAGAGUUACGACGAAAACGUGACCUUAAUAUGCAAAGUCGUCGGAAACCCGACGCCUGAAGUCGUCUGGCGUUAUAAUGGCCGGGUAAUUGAGACAAGAUCUUUCGGGGAAAUCAGAUAUGUGAUGACUGAAAACACUGUGGACCUGAUAAGAUGGGUAAAUUUGACCAUUGUUAACGUCCGAUACAGCGACAGAGGAAACUAUACGUGUGUCGCCGAGAAUCCAGGCGGUCGGGAUGAAAAUACGCUAACACUAGUUUUAUCUAAAUAUGGAAGUCCUGGCACUAUUCUAGGCUUAGAUACUGACACUUUUGCUAUAUUAAUAGGCUGUUUAACCGCUAUGAUUUUAAUCUGUGCAACAGUUCUUGGAGUAUGUUACUUCACGACACAAAAUAAUGAUUCGAAAAGACUGAUCAAGACGGAUACGUCAUCGAACGGGGACAUUCUGAUUGAGAACUCCGUCGCAUCAGAGUUAGAGAAGGGGUUUAAAGUGGAGGUGAACCCGGUGACUAAGCCUCCGAGAAAAUAUGAAGCUCCUGCGUCGCUAACCAGCGAAGCCACCGAAAUGUCUGAGUUGAACAGAACACUGCUAGGCAACGAGUCAAUGUUAGCAUCCACUGAAGACAACAGCAGACAUCACGAUGUAGAUCUUCCGAAGAUAUCUCAAGAAACACUCCUUCUAGAUCGACUAACCCAGGAACACCAAGCAUAUCCUCCCGACCUGCUGUCCUUCCCUCUUAGGGGAGGAACUCAAGUGUCGCCAGCCAGCGGUUCCAGUCAAGACCGCAAAAACCUAACCGACAGCCCUAUAAAGUCUCCGGGAUACGGUGUUACUGCCAUACCACCAGGCUACAAAUUCCAACUCCCAACAACUUCCCAAGCAUCAAUAAAUGCCAAGAGUGGUUAUGUCACUCUUCCAAGAAAACCUAGGGGAAACUGGUUUCCUGAAAGCACUCAUCCUCAGGUCUUCUCCACGCUUAAUGGCGUCCUACCGUACUACGAACACUUUAAUAUGAAGCUGUUCAAUAACGGUGCAAAUUAUUAUAGCCUGAAUAAAAGCGAGAUGGAUUUAGGACCUAUGAAUAAGCUGAGAACAGGUUUCCAUGACGGUUCUGAAGAGAUUGAGCCUGCACCAUCACCAGCGCCAGGGACGCCUCAUGCGACUAUUCCAAGAAGCAGUUUGAGCUCUCCGAAUAUACACAACCAGUUGCUAGCUCUCCAGGCCAUGAGUUACAAUGCUCUUCAGGGAAGAAUAACGAAGGCUUCUGAACAGAGGCCGUUAAAAGUAACGCUAGCGGAGAACGAGAGUCUUCUGAAAAACCCAGUGCGAGAUUUGAGGGUAGGUUUGAGUGCAAAUAGUUUAAACAGGACACGAACGGCUCCCAAACCACCCCCGAAACCGAGGAAAAGGGGGUCCAGUGAGUUAAAAGAACCGUUUCUUUUCAAUACUGGCGAUACCGCCACGCAAGUGUAAAGUGAUAUAGACCUAUAGUGAAAUACCUACCUGUGUAAUCUUUAGAUUUAAUAUACAUUUUUGUCACCUAUAAAAUAGGGAUAAUAGGGAUGUUAAAAUAUAGCCUACAGCUUUUUUUUUUUAAUGCUACGCCGAAUCUUAUCCUUAUAUUAAAACUAAAGUUGCCUAAGAGUAUAUGGAUAUAAUAUUGGUUAAAUCAGUUUUAUUUAUUACUUGUACUAUUCAGUUUUUUUUAAGACAAUCAAACAAACGAUACUCAUACUUUUCAAAAUUUAUUCUGAAGUGCUAAUGUUUGCUUAACAUUUUUAAGUACCCAAACUCACUAACUAUUUUGGCUCAGCGAUCCAGAGAGAAUCUUGGCCUCAAACAUGCCUACCUAUAUACCUACCUAUUAUAAUUUAAAACCUUUAGUUUACAAAGUAAUCAGUGGACAAAGUAUUUUAUUAUAUUUGUACUCCUUAAAGCAAUAGUGCGAAGUUUAUUUUUUAUAAAAAACAUAACAAUGUUUAAAUCUGUAGGUUUUUUUAUUUCACUACUCUAGUAACCGGACUGAUUUUUUUAAAAUUUAUGUUGAAUCAUAAAGCCUCUAUUAGACGAAUGCGAAAGUGAUAUGAAACAGAUAAGUUGUAGUACAGAUUUCGAAUAAUCUUGUAAAUUGUAUAUUUGUUUAUGUUCAAAUAGAUAAAAUAAAAUGUUAACAUAAAAAUUCAUUAUGUUAAAAAUAUUAAGUUGAUACUGCAAAUUUUAUCUAAAAAGUUACAUGUUUAUUAUAGUAAAUAUUAUUUAUUGUUCAACUGAAUAAAUACACGCAUUAAGAUAAUUGUAAGAUUUACCUAGACCUAGACAAAAAUAUUUUCUGGAUUUUUUUUUUGUUUAUUUCAUAUUGAUUCAUGUUAUUGUAUGCUGGUGUAGGUAACUUUAUACAGGGUGCGUCCUGUAACAGGAGCAAUAAAUUAAACUAAAGGCUGUACUCCUCAAACUGACCAACAUUUGUUCAGCAACUUUUAAAAAUUAUGAAUCCUUUAGACUUCCUCUUUUUCAUACAAAAUAAAUAUUGCCUUCCAUGUACGCUGACAUCAGUGUGUUUGACGUUACUUGUCACGCUUUUAACAUAACACAAUUUGCAAUACAUUGCGUCUUAGAAUAAACUUUAAAGUGUAAUAAAAAUCAAAACAUGAGUUAUUUUCAAAAGUUGCUGAACAAAUGUUGGUCAGUUUGAGGAGUACAGCCUACAGUUUAAUUUAUUGCUCCUGUUACAGAAAACAUACUAUAUAGGCACACAUUGUUGCUGCAAAGCUGUAUAUAAACACAAUAGCUGAAUUUAUUAAAGUUUCAUCUAUAAAUGUUGAAUAACUACACUUAUAGCUUAGUUUAAGAAAUCCACAUAACAUAGUUUUUAAUAGAAGAAAUUUUUGAUUUUGACAUAAUCUCGAAUAUAAACACAUAUGUAAUUUUUUUUAAAUUAAAUAUACAGUGCGUAUCUGAACGAAAAGCAAUUACUCAAACCCGUUAAUGUUGAGGUCAUACUGAGCAACUAUUAGUAUGGGAUCAACACCGAAAACGCGGAAAAAGAAUUGGAUGUUUCAUACAUUUUGCUGGUUUGAUGUUCAAAUUUCUUAUAGGAGAGUCAAAUUUUUUUUCGCGAUUUUGGGGUCGGUCGGGCAGACAGACAGACACGCACGAGUGAUCCUACAAGGGUUUUGCGGUACGGAACCCUAAUAUGUUUGUUCAAUGAGUGGACAUUGUAAAUUUUGUAGCAUCGUAAAAUUAUUGGCGUUAAGAAUUCUACAGAGCUAUAAAUAAGAAAGAAAACACAUUUUGAACGUCUCUGAUGCAUUUACAGAUUGUAAAAAUAAACACGUGGAUAGAAAAUUACGGUUUGAUAAAAACUUAAUUAAAUUCGUUAAAAGGAGCCAUAUAAGUUUACGCUGCCAAUUAAAAUGCUACGAGUUUUAUGGUGUCCUUUAAAGAGAAAAUAUCAAAAUGAAAUACAUUGUUACUUACAAUCAUUUUCUUAAGUGCUGAGUUGUGUCCAUUUAGCGUUGCGCACUUAAUGUUCUGUUCUUCUGUGUUUGUUGCCUGUACAUGUUCGUACAUGUUUAUGAUUGUCCUUUAUGUUUACUUUUACAGGGUGGCCAAAAAAUAAGUGCAUUCCCGUUCCCAGGGAGGUUUUUCACAAAAAUAUAAUUGGCUGUUUCAUCCAUUUUGGCUGGUUCAUUUUCCAUGAGAGAGUAAAUUUUUUUUCGCAAUUUCUGGGUUGGUCCCUUACUAAAAGUUGCUCAGUAUACUCCCAUAACCUCCCUGGCAACGGGAAUGUACUUAUUUUUUUGUUACUGUGUAUAGACACCUUGUAAUUAAAAUCCAGGUUGAAAGAGAAAAAAUAUUGCAUAGUAAUAUUUAAAGUCGUUUAAAUUAUUGUAUAAAUGUAUAUAAUAUAGUUAUUUGAAGAUUAAUAUGAGUACGUUGUAUAUUUAUAGUGUGGACGAGUGUGAAGAGAGAUUUGGAAGGACCAAUAGAGGGUGUGGUUUCUGAAUGAUUAAGUACGAAAAGUAAACUAUUAAUAAUAAACUGAAUUUCAAAUUGU